AUGAAGACUACCUCUAGCUAUUGGGGCUUAUCUUCUUGGUUGGAACCGGAAUUAGUCUAUGAUGAGCUGCUAGAUGCAGAGAUGCAGCCAUCCUUCCUCGCUGACUUCUUUUGCCAUGACAAGAACUGCAAGCAUGUUUAUACUAGAAUUCUAGGCAUGGCUGCUAUUGUGCGUCUAGCUUUUUGUUUAUACCGGACAGGUCUUCAGUUUAUGGGAUUGUACCACAACGAAUGGGCUGAAGCUCUUGGUAUCGAGAUCUCCAGCGCGAGGGCCAAGGACGGCACCAUGGUGGUGAACAGAACCUCCCUCUCCAGCGGCAAGCUGAUGCCGUCGCUGAGCUUCAAGCUGUGGGAGGCAGAGGCGGUAGUCGCUUCCAUGGACCACGGCAGCAGGCCGAGCCAGGUGGACGUCGUCGACUGCUGCCUGAGGGACUCGGCGGAUGAGUUGGUGUUCAUGGCUUCUCCGACGACCCCGUCGAGCCCGCGGGUGUCGUCCAGCCCCAAAUGCGAGCUGGACGCCGCGGCAGUGAAGCUUCAGAAGAAAUGCCCACUUGACAAAGACGAUGAGUACCCCUUGCUGAGCAAACCUGACGCUCAGCCCAACGCCGCCGUCUCGAACGGCACUGACGGAGCAGAACACAACACGGACUCUGCAGCCAUGGAUGAACAUACGAGCGAAUCCGAGGCGGCUGACGGCGACGUUCACCAGGCAAUCCGUGACGGCAACACGAGUGAAGCAGAGGAGGACGACACCGACACCCACGCUCACACCGACAUCGACACCGAAGAGGAGGCGCAGCAGCACGAGGCGAUCAGUCUUGUUUCAUUGUUUCACUAG